UAACCAGAAUGUUGUUGAAAUAACCUGUUUACUUCUUUCUCAGUCAAUUUGUCAACUUGUCAAGGGUUUUUACGUGAUUUUAGGAAAUUUUCAAGCACUUCGAACGAAAAAAAUAUGUCUCAAGAUUGGCAUACAUUUUUCGAAAAACAGAAAAAACCGUCCAAUUAUGAAACCAGUAUUCAGCAAGUGGAAGACUUCAUCAAAGCUCAUAUCAACGAAAAAAUAGCUCUGAUAUCGUCUGGCGGGACUACAGUUCCCUUAGAACAUAACACGGUUCGAUUCGUGGAUAAUUUCAGCGCUGGCACAAGAGGAUCCGCGUCAACGGAGAAUUUCUUAGAUAACGGAUAUUGUGUGAUAUUUCUGUACAGACUAAAAUCGCUAGAACCCUUCAGCAGACAUUUCACUGGUACUCAAAUUCUCAACUCGCUUGAAAUCGCUGAUAACGACACGAUAACCGUUAAACGGGACUUUUCUAAGCAACUUGUAUCCGUACUAAGGAAAUACAAAUCCAGCGUAGAUAAAAAUAGUCUUUUAUGUAUUCCGUUUACUACGCUUUCGGAUUAUUUAUGGCUGUUGAAAGGUAUCUGUGAAAAGCUCACGGUGCUGGAGACUAGAAGUUUGCUGUAUUUAGCCGCGGCUGUGUCUGAUUUCUAUAUACCGACCGAUGAAAUGACUGAACACAAGAUUCAAUCCGGCGAUGGUCCCUUAUCGAUAUCAUUACAAUUAGUACCGAAAAUGUUACAACCAUUGACAUCAUCUUGGGUUCCUAAAGCUUUUAUUGUCUCCUUCAAAUUGGAAACCGACGAUAGUUUAUUGAUACGUAAAGCCAGAUACGCUUUAGAUAAAUAUAAUCAUCAUCUCGUUAUUGGAAAUAUGCUACAAACGAGGAAAUACGAAGUAACCAUAGUGACCAAAGAUGACCAAAAACAGAUCAAAAUCACUCAAGAUCAAAUCGAUAACGGUAUCGAAAUCGAGGAGUUCAUCAUCGAAGAAGUAUCCAAGAGACACGAUGCCUUUAUUCGAAAUCAUCAUUAGGAGAAUAUCGAACAUCUCUGCUCAUGUCUGAUAUUUUUGAAUUCUGAGGUGUUGGCUGGAGUAAUUUUAGUACAUACGUAUUUUAAUUAAUGUGUGAUCCUGGUGAAGUGUUCGUUGACUGAGUUUAUUUUUAUGGUUUAAUUUAUUAUUCCUACCUUAUUCAUCACAGUGUGAUAUUUAUAUAGGUACAUAUGAUGGAAAGUACUUUCAGUGUUAAGGUGCUAUUGAAUUUAGUUACCUACCUAAUUGAUAGUUUUAUGGAAGGAGGGCAUACGUAUUUCAUUUUUUUAAAUUAUUGGAUGUUUUUUCCUCAUUAUUAAAAAUUUUUAUGAAUAA